GUGAGUGACUGUGAUGUGUUUUAAAAUAUUAGUGAGAGAGAGAGAGAGUGUACUCUUUUUUUGUGCUGCCUGUCAUGGCACUACAAAUCCCACGUUUUCCUCAGUCUGCCUUUACCUUCUUUGUUCAUCAUAGUUUCUUCAAUUAAUUUCCCUUUUUUUUCUUCUUUUCUUGUUCAAUAUAAUUGUUUGUGUUGUUUGAUAAUAUAAUUAUACAUUUACUUUGGGUAAUUCUUACUCAAGUUUGUGUUUUUUUUUUAUUUGUUGUUCUUUUUCUUUGUCUUCGUCUUAAACUUAAUUCAAAAGGAAAAAGAAAAAAAGUAAAAACCAGUUUGGUAUCAGGGAAAAUAAAAAAAAAUGUCAAGCUCCCACAAUUCUGCACCAGAACAACUCUGCUACAUCCCUUGCAACCUUUGCAACAUCAUUCUUGCGGUCAAUGUUCCAUGCAACAGCUUGUUUGAAACAGUAACAGUCAGAUGUGGGCAGUGCUCCAAUCUGUGUUCGGUAAACCUGGCAGCUUCCUUUCAAUCAAGGGCUGGAAAAGAUGUUCAGGUGCCUAAUUACACAUCAUCGGAGUACAGAAUUGACUUAGGGUCUUCCUCCAGGUGCAAGAACAAGUUACCAAAGCGAGCAACAACUAUAAACACUACCACUCAAGAAAGGGUUGUUAAUCGACCUCCUGACAAGAGGCAUAGGGCUCCUUCAUUGUACAAUCAGUUCAUCAAAGAGGAGAUUCAGAGGAUCAAGCUGAACAAUCCUGAUAUCACUCACAGGGAGGCAUUUAGCACUGCUGCUAAGAAUUGGGCUCGCUUCCCUCACAUUCAUUUUGGACUGAUGCUGGAGACUGACAAUCAACCUAAGCUGAAUGAUGACUCAACUGAGCCAUUCCACCAGCUGCUUAAGUGAAUAAAUGGCUAUUGAUACUUACUAAAAUAUGUAUGCUGUUGAAAUAAAAGGCUUUCGUUAUGAGAGCUGUAUCAACUUAUAAUUUGUUUGUUUAAAUGCACUUUGCUUUAUUAAUCUAUGUCAUGAUUGAUGUUAUUAUAUAUAUAUAUAAGAGUUUUGAUGCAUA